AUGUUCAAAAGGACUGACCAGUAUGAUCUGCAAUUGCAGAUCCCAGGAAGAAAGGAGCGGCAGACCUUCAGAUUGAUUCAAACAACCUCCGGACCAAUCACCAUCACCAUAGCGCGAGCAACUCUCCGCUGGUGCAAGAGAACUUUGCGUACAGGAAGAGGAAAGGAGUUGGAAGAGACAAAGAAGCAGCUCGAGGAGUCUCGAGCGAGGGUGAGUGGUGAUUGA